UGCAAUGGCUCGUGACUAUUGAGGAUCAGACGUUUAACCACAUAAAGGACAACUGGAGUAGUUCUUUACACUGGCAGACAGCAGAGUUCCUUCAGUAGACUUCCUCCAUUCUCUCAUACUGCUGGAAGAAAUGUUCUGUGUACUUAUUUUCUUCUGUUUUUGGCGUCCAGUUGAUACAGAGGGAAUGAAGAUGUCAGUGAUGGAGGGAGAUUCUGUCACUCUACACACUGAUGCUACUGACAUCCCCAGGAAACACAUACGUUACAUACAGUGGAGGUUUGGACCUGAGAAAGCACUUGUAGUCAUUCAGUUUAAUAAGGAGGCGCCUGAUGUCAAUUAUUUCAAUACUGAGAGAUUCAGAGGCAGACUACAGAUCGACAGUCAGACUGGAUCUCUGACCAUCAGGAACAGCAGAACCACAGACUCUGGACUCUAUCAACUACAGAUGAUAAAAUACAGACCGUUUUAUUUCAAUGUUACUGUCUAUGCUCGUCUUCCCAUUCCUGUCAUCACCAGAGACUCUUCAAACUGUUCAUCCUCAUCAUCCUCAUCCUCAUCCUCAGAGCAGAAUUGUUCAUUGGUGUGUUCAGUGGUGAAUGUGGGUCAUGUGACUCUCUCCUGGUACAAAGGAAACAGUUUAUUGUCCAGCAUCAGUGUGUCUGAUCUCAACAUCAGUCUCUCUCUACCUCUGGAGAUCGAGUGUCUGGAUGAUUCCUACAGCUGUGUGUUAAACAAUCCCAUCAGCAACCAGACUCAACAUCUGGACAUCGCUCAACCCAGAUGUCACACAUCUGCAGACUCUGUUCACUGUUGUGGUUUCACUGAAGCUGUGAUUCGAUUGGUCAUCUCUGCUGUGGUGGGCGUGGCUACUGUUGCCGUAGUGGUUUAUGACAUCAGAUCUAGAAGAGCUAUGAAUUAAAGUCAUAAAAAACCUGGAAACAGAGAAUUUAACAAUUACUGGACAGGAUAUUAAUACAACCUUGAUCAAAUUUGAAUGUACAUAGUUUCUGCUGUAAAAUAAAUAUGCUAUAAAUAAAUUCAGUGUUGUUGUCCUUGAGUGGAGUAAAACUUACAGGCAAGUCAUGGUGAAUUUUAGGUGGUGAGAAUCUGAAUCAAAAUGAUCCUUAUCCAAUAAUAUAGGAUUAUUUUCCCGCCAAAUGUAUUGCAGUCACAGAUCGAAAAAUAAUGCGCAUC